AGCUCCGUGCUUGACUUGACCUCCGUCACUUCCGUCUUGUUUAUCAACAAAAGAUUCGUGAAAAAGAAUAGUUUUGAAACUUAGGCUUCAUAAAGUACAAGUUGAAUUGUAAAGAAUUAAAGUUGCUGUAGUCUAUCGAAUCGUCGCCUUAAGAAUAUGUUGCGCAGUGAGCGAAACGUAAUCGACAAAUUUGCUGUGGAUUUGAAAAGCGAUGUGCUUCCCAUCGAUCUUCUUCCGUUCUUAACUUGCCUCACUGAGGACGAUCGUGAACAAAUUCAGUGUAAGCAAGAUAGAGAAGGACCCAGAAGUGCCGUGACUAUUUUACUCGACAGACUGAAAAAAAGAGAGAAGGGUUUUGAGCAAUUUCUAAGCGCACUGGAAGACAAUGGUUGUAAACAUCUUCAGAAAAUGCUUUCUCAAGCUCUCCAAAGUGAGCUAGAAAGUAAAGUGGUUCCAGAUGAAAAGCCAAAACUACCUCCAAUGACCAGCAAAGACAAAACAAAUUCAGAUCCACAAUCCAAGUCACUUAAGACACCAACAACAGAAACUUCUAAGCAAUCCUUCAAGACAAGCUCUGUACCUAAAAAGUCUACAAAGAAAAUGCUACCAAAGGAGAAUACAACAAGUCCACCAAAGCCAAAGACCGAUGCCAAAGUGCAAAAUGAAGAACCUUUUGUAAAGUUGGUACGAAAUACAGAAGAUAAAAACAUUCCAAAGGAAAAAUCUGAUGAAGAAUCACAUAACACUACUAUGGGAAACAGUGAUACUGAUUCUAUUUCAAAAUAUGACACAUUUAUUUGUUAUGCAAAGAAAAAUUCUGAUGUUGCUGUAGAGUUAAAGACAUUUCUUGAAAAUGAAUAUCUAAAGGUUUGCAUUGACUUUGAAAACUUUAUUCCUGGUGCAACUGUAUUAGACAACAUUUGUGAGAGCAUUAACUCUAGUGGCAGCACCAUAUUCUUACUCUCACCAGCAUUUCACACAAAAAAAUGGGCAAAGUUUGAACUGGAAAAAGCAAUACUUGAUUACAACAAAUCUCGAGAGCUUGGAAAACUUAAGAAAAUCAUACCUGUCUUGCUUGAAGAAUGUGAGGUACCAAGUGAAUUGGAAAUGUUUACAGAAAUUGACAUGAAAAGAUUUGAUUCUCGUCAAAAAGGUUGGCAAAAGUUGGCUGAAGCCAUUGGACAUAAGUCUUUACAUAGUGAUAACUUAAUUGACAAUGACGCAGUAGUGAAUAAUGUUGAGUCUGUUGAUGAAGAAAUUAGUGAUGAGUUCACUCGUGUUCUUGAUGUUGAUGGCCAAGAAGGUGAGGAAAAAUUACAGGAUGACAAUGUCUCUACUAUAGAAAACGGUUGUCAUAGUGAACUUGAUGAAAAUAAAACAAAUGCUGCUACAUCAGAUGAUCCAUCUGAGAAUGAUGUUUAUGAUAACUUUGAUGAAGAACCCUGCGCGGUUUGUGAUGAUGGUAUUACGGAAAAUGUUGAUGAUAAUAUUGAAAAUGAAGGUAGAAGCAAUGUUGAAGAAAGUGAUCUCAUUGAAAAUGAGAACUCUGAACUUUCUCCUGCUUCCAAUGAAGAUGUGAAAACUAGGAACGUACACCAAAACAACAUUGAAAGUUUAUAAAUUUUACGGGCUAUAAACGAGUCAAAAUUUCAUUAAACAUUUUUACAAUCCUUUGAAGCAGUUGUUUCAUAUACCACUACUUCAAGGGCAAGGAAACAUGGUUUCUAGCUCAUCAAUAAAGUGAUCUUCUUUUUACAAA